AUGACUGGAAUGUACGAGCAAGUGCUGCCUUCUGUGGCCAAUGACGAAGCUACGUCACUGCACAGCCACAUAGUCUACCCGGUCUUAAGCGUGUGGCGCGAGUCGAGACCCCAAAAGCCGCCCUACGCUUUUCGAUGUUUUGCAGUUAAGAAUGGAUUGCUAUACUCGAUGACUGCGCAGCGGCAAAUACAACAAUCUCAGCUGCCUCCAGCGCAACCAGCCUAUAUCUUGCGUGGCCAUAAAGCACAAAUCCAUGCUUUGCAAUUUCUCCGAGGCAACAGCAGGCUUCUGAGCGGAGACGCUGAUGGCAUCAUUAUAAUCUGGGAUGUUUCCAUCAAGCGUCCCAAAGCCGUCUGGAAAGGCCACGCCGGGGCUAUCCUUGGCUUUGCCGUGUGGAGCGAUGAUCAAAUCAUCAGCCAUGGACGCGAUGGAAAAUUGAACGUCUGGCAAAUUCGGGAAAAUGACGAGAAUUACUUGUCGAGAGAGCUACCAGUGGAAGAAAAUACCGAGGGAGACUGGAAGCAGCCAUGGCUUUUGCAUUCGCUCCAAGUACACACAUUGAAUUUUUGCGCCUUUUCCAUGUGCCGAACCCAAACUGGCGAUGGGAUCUUGGUUGCGACCCCGGCCGCAAAUGAAGGUUGCACCGUCAUACAUGAGUUGCCAUCAGAACAGGCGAAGUACCUCCUGCCUCCUGCAGAGACCGGUAAGACUGGUAUGGUUAUGGCGCUGCGCAUCCUUUUCUUCGAGGAUCGUCUACAUGUCGUGACUGGCUACGAGAGCGGCUUGACAAGUGUUCAGCGUCUCAAGGCUGGGGCUGAUCAUGACUGGGAGACUACAUCUAUCUGCAAACCGCACACACAACCCAUUUUGUCCUUAGAUGUGCUUCCAAACUCAGGCGUAUAUUUCACCUCAGGUGCUGAUGCAAUCAUUGCCUCAGUGAGCCUCAGAGCGACAAAUGAAAGGAAGCCCUUGAAGGUCAACAACACGAAGCAUUCGGGUCAGCAAGGUUUAAGCGUGCGAUCAGAUGGAAAAAUCUUUGCAACAGCUGGUUGGGACUGGAGAAUAAGAGUCUAUUCUGCGAAGACGCUGAAAGAAGUUGCUGUCUUGAAAUGGCACAAAGAAGGAUGCUACUCCAUUGCUUUCGCACAAUUGGAAGACGUUGACGGGUCCAUGGUUACUGUAUCAGAACCUGCAAGACUAGAAAGAGAUGAUGAGAUCAAAGAUGAUCAUGAAAAUCGCGCUGAGCAGAGCUUGACCGCUACAUUCAGUGGCCAGAAUAUUAUUACUGUCCGUCAACGGCGGGAAGAUCUAUCGCGCAAAACACAUUGGUUGGCGGCUGGAAGUAAAGACGGCAAGAUCAGUCUUUGGGAUAUCUACUGAUUGCCUCCGUGGGUUUGCUCUUAUUCCAUUACCCUCUAAGAGCAGGCGGGUCCAGGGUAUAUCACAUCGUCAUUGGCGUUGUGGGCAGACUGCAUAGCGGAGAACCUGAUUCCAAACGUAGUCUUAAGUCGAUUUUGUGAAAACAUGUUCUGUGCCUCGGAAACUCACGUACAUGGACUUGUGUUACUGCUCCCAAAUUCGGAUAUACAGAUUUAGCACAAUUGCCUGUGGGUAGCCUCGUACGUUCCAGAUAAUCAAUCCAUGGAAACUAUAUCUGGAACGUAAAGGUUUGGUGUAGAAAUACCGACACUAAUAACUCCUGAACCACAACAAACUGUUAAAGCCAAAUUGGAAAGUUGAACAAUGGAGUGUGCAAGUCCUGUCAUCAUAAAAACGUAAGCUUUAUUUUGGAAAAGCAGAUGGUUGU